UGCGAUCAUCAUUAAAUAUUGCAAGAAGUAUGGAAGGAACAAUAAAUAACGACGAACUGGACGAAAAAAUAAAAGAAGGCGAAGAAAUGAUAAGCAAUCUAACUGCUGAUAAACACGUAACGGAGGAAGAAUUCCAAAAUUUUAUGCAUCGUGUUAACGAAGUUGAGAAAAUUGUGAAGAAAUUAGCAUCUCCCGACCCUGAGGAACAAAAACACGGUCAGAUAUUGGCGGACGAAAUUUUAGAAACGAAACCGACCAAGGACUUCUCUGAAGAUGACGAAUUGAAAGUAAAGGUCAAUCGUACAGUGAUCAACAAAUAUUCAAAAGAUGAGAACAUCACCGACGAACAAAUGUCACGAGAAGCGUUUAUGUCGAGUGUAGAGAAGGAUGCGAAGGAAAGAGCGGAGAGUCGAAAAAUUCGAAACGAACGAGCGGAAACGAUGAAAAGGAUCGGCAAUGGAGCAUUUAAGGAGGAAAAUUAUGAAAAAGCUGUGACUUAUUACAGCAAAGCACUGGAACAACGAAAAGAUUCGUCCGUGUUAUGGAAUAACAGAGCUUUAUCGUACAUUCGUCUUGGAUUGUACGAAAAAGCUUUAGACGACUGCGAAUGGGCAUUAAAAAUACACGAGGCGAAUUUAAAGGCACUUUUAAAUAGCGCUAAAUGUUACAAAAAGCUUGGAAACGAGAUGAAAUAUAAAGAGUACAUUCGAUUAGCGAGAGAAAGAAAUCCACACUUCAACAAAUUUAUUAACGAAUUUGAAGAAGGUACGGAUGGGUGCGUGGACGAACAAACCUAAUGUAAUAAUUGACCAGUAAAGAAUAGAAAUAUUUCUCAUGUA